GAAGAUGAAAGAAGAGCUGAUGCUUUGAGCAGUUCGAUAUUCAUCAUGAGAGAGCAGAUGGAUGUGAUCCACGCUGGAGAACAGCAGAUGCUACAGACACCAGUGCAGAUGUGUUCAGUGAAGCUGCUGGACUGCAGGAACCUGAUGGAGAUGGAAGGAGAAAUCAAACUAGAGGAUCAACAGAGUGAUGAUGAUGAUUUUAUUCCUUCACAGCUGAUGGAAGUGAAAGAGGAAUAUCAAGAGCUGAAUGAAGUGGAGGAGAAACAUCAUGAUUUCAUAACUGGAGAAAAAUCUUUGAGUUGCUCUCAGUGUGGAAAAUGUUUCAAAGAUAAAAGAAACCUUACAAAGCACACAAUGAUUCAUACUGGAGAGAAGCCUUACACGUGCCAUCAGUGUGGAAAAGGUUUCACACGUAAAGAACAUUUUACUGUGCAUGCAAGAAUUCACACUGGAGAGAAGCCUUACAUGUGUCAACUGUGUGGAAAAGGUUUCAGACGUAAAGAUCACCUUAAAAUGCACAUAAGAGUUCACACAAAGAAGUCUUACACAUGCCAACUGUGUGAAAAAGGUUUUGCAUGUAAAAAAAGUCUUAAUGUGCACACAAAAAUUCACACUGGAGAGAGGCCUUUCACAUGUUCUCAGUGUGGAAAAGGUUUCAAAGAUAAAAGAGACCUUAAUAAGCACAAAAUAAUUCACACUGGAGAGAAGCCUUACACGUGUCAACAGUGUGGAAAAGAUUUCAGACGUAAAGAUCACCUUAAUCUGCACACAAGAGUUCACACUAAGCUUUACAUGUGCCAACUGUGUGGAAAAGGUUUUGCAUGUAAAGGAAGUCUUGAUAUGCACACAAGAAUUCACACUGGAGAGAGGCCUUUCACAUGUUAUCAGUGUGGAAAAGGUUUCAUAGAUAAAGGAAGCCUUAAUAAGCACACAAGGAUUCAUUCUGGAGAGAAGCCCUACACGUGUCAUCAGUGUGGAAAGAGUUUUGCACAUAAAGUAAGUCUUAAUAAGCACAGUAGAGUACACUCUGGAGUGAAGCCUUACACAUGCCAACUGUGUGGAAAGAGUUUCAUAGAUAAAGGAAGCCUUAACAAGCACACAAGAAUUCACACUGGAGAAAAGCCUUAUAUGUGCCAAGAGUGUGGAAAAGGUUUCAAACGUAAAGAUCACCUUAAUCUGCACACAAGAGUUCACACAAAGUCUCACACGUGCGAACUGUGUGAAAAAGACUUUGCAUGUAAAGAAAGUCUUGAUGUGCACACAAAAAUUCACACAGGAGAGAGGCCUUUCAUAUGCCAAGAUUGUGGAAAAGGUUUCAAACGUAGAGAACGCUUUAAUCUGCACACAAAAUUUCACACAAAGCCUCACACAUGCCAACAGUGUGGAAAAGAUUUUGUAUAUGCAGCUAGUCUCACACAUCAUCUCCUUUGUCACUCUGGAGAAAGGCCAUUUAAAUGUGAUAAAUGUGAUAAAACAUUUGUUGUGGAAUCCGUCCUAAAACAACAUCUGAAAAUGCACACAAAUAAAUGUUCUUUUUGUGGAAAGAGUUUUACACACCUGUCCUAUUUUAAACAGCACCAGAAAAUACAUUCCGGUGCCGGGGUUAAUAAGUGCUCUGAUUGUGGGAAGACCUACACUACAGCCGCCCACUUGAAAGAACAUCAGCGAAUUCAUACUGGAGAGAAACCUUUUAUGUGCUCAUACUGUGGAAAGACUUUCACUCGGUCAGAACACCUGAAAAAACACGAGAGAAUUCACACCGGAGAGAAACCAUACAAGUGCUCACACUGUGGAAAGAGUUUCACUCUGUCACAAAACAUGAAAGCACAUGAGAGAAUCCAUACUGGAGAAAAACCAUACCACUGCUCUUCAUGUGGAAAAGGUUUCAACCGAUCAGGACAUCUACAGCAACAUGUCAAAAAUAAUUGCCCAAGUAGUCACAGUGACCAAGAAUCAUCUUCAGGUCCAACAAUAUCAAGCAAAUAGUUUGAAAUUUAGAUAAACCCAAAGAUAGAAUUCCUUCCAAAAGGGCAGCACCAUUUAAAGGCUCGGGUUUUUCUGCAUUUCGGUGCGAUCAACCUUUCAACACGUACUCUUUUGACAUCAAGCAAAUACGAACAUGUUUGACACAUGCACACUAUGACUGCUUUGUUAUACUCUUUAGUGCAGUACAGUCAACGACAGGCACAUUCCCUGAUGAGGUGUACAGACAAGGCCCAGAGUGGCUAUCAGGGUUACCGUAGCCUUCCUACAGGUCGAGCCAGUCUGGCCAUUCUCUGUUGACCUCUCUCAUCAUCAUCAAGGCAUUUCUGUCCACAGAACUGCCGCUCACUUGAUGUUUAUUGUUUUUGGAGUAAAAAGGAGACUGUUGUGCAUGAAAAUCGCUGAAGAUCAGCAGUUACAGAAAUACUCAGACCAACCCGUCUGGCACCAACAAUCAUGCCACGGUCGAAAUCACUGAGAUCACAUUUUUUCCCCUAUUCUGAUGUUUGAUGCAUUAACUGAAGCUCAUGACCCAGGCUGAUUAGAUAAUUGCAUAAAUAAGUAGGUAUAAAGGUGUUCCUAAUAAAAUGCUCUGAGUGUACUUUUUAAGUAUGUUUUAUAGUUUUAAGAUGUUUGCAUGCAAGUUAUUUCAUUUUAAUGUUCAAUAUACACCUGAGCUCAAAAACCUCUGCUUGGAGAGGUUGUUGGACACAGAUAAAUAAAAGUCCACCAUGGUUCCAAGUGCUAUAACUUUAGAUUGCUUAAUACUAUCAACACAGUUUUGUAAUAAAUUUGAUAACCUUCCAUUCUUACUGUCUAAAAGGUAUAAUGUCAAACGAAUAGUAACUGCAGUUUAUUUUUAGCACUCAUUUUUGAGUUUUGUUUAAAGUGUUGUAGCAUGACAGUCUCUAAGCAUGUUCCUAGUAUAUUUUCAUUACAUUUUAAAAGGUUUUCUAUAAAUUGAUACCAUGCAAUUGAUGCUCUUUGCUUUUUUUUUUAUGAGUUGUAAGUUCUUACUUUUAGGUGUGCCAUUUAAGCAUGACAUCUUUAAAAAUGCCUUCAGCACUGUAAAAAGAAGUUGUUGUUUUUAAUUGUCUUGCCUUUUCUCCCCAAUUUGGAAUGCCCAAUUCCCAAUGCGCUCUAAGUCCUCGUGGUGGCGUAGUGACUCACCUCAGUCCGGGUGGCGGAGGAUGAAUCUCAGUUGACUCCGCAUCUGAGAUCAUCAAUCCGUGCAUCUUAUCACGUGGCUUGUUGAGCGCGUUACCACGGAGACGUUACCACGGAGACACGCUACUCACGCUAUUCCUGCGGCAUCCACGCACAACUCGCCAUGCACCUCACCGAGAGCGAGAACCACACAUUAUAGCGACCACGAGGAGGUUACCCCAUGUGACUCUACCCGCCCUAGCAACCGGGCCAAUUUGGUUGCUUAGGAGACCUGGCUGGAGUCACUCAGCAUGCCCUGGAUUCAAACUCGUGACUCCAGGGGUGGUAGUUAAAGAGGAGUUGUUGAGCCAAGUUAAAAAAUCAAGGCAACAAGAUGCAGUAUGAUUUUUUUAGUUCUCAACAACUGUCUUAAUAACUGUCCUCAAACUGUAAAAUAUAAUUAGUUGACCUUACUAAUGAGAUGCACCGGUGGCUGUCUAAACCUGCAGGGCAUUAUUGCCUGCCACACCUCCACCAGUGCCUUCAGUCUUCCAGCUAUGGUGUCAUCAGCAGGGAAUCACCAUAUCAGAUGGUUCACCCCAUUAAUCUUGCAACAUCUCUUAGUGUUGGGGGAGCAGUCAGGAAUGUCUCCCUGCCACCCCCUGCAGCUGGACACGAGAUACUUUCUAAUGCUUCUUGUUCUUGCAUUUCCAUCAAGACAUUCCUCCUUUAAAGGUCAUGCCAUGCAGCCAGUGUCCGAUCCCCCCAUGACCAAUCCUACUGUACUUCCAAGACAUCUUUUCUGUUAGAAAAGACAAGCUAUCAGACUAUGUCUACCACUCCUCCAAUGCCUAUCCUUUGACCAGUUUCCCAACAGAUUAUGUAGGAGAGCAAUGUGAGAGGCGAGACUGCACCAGCUGCCCCUCCAGUGCCUAGCUUGGCAUGGUUUCGCUCCUGCACUCAAUCCCUCUCCAGAAACCCUCGGAUAAGGACUGUGUGGGUCAGCGGAAAUAAUUCUUCCCCACCCCUUUCCCUCAUACUACCUCAUCACAUAUUAAAAAUGUUUGCUAUGUUUACUUUCUCACUUCUGCACACCCCACUUUUCAUCCUUUCUUAACCAUAACCAGAAAGUCCCUUUCUCAGCUUACUCUGCCAUAUCCUUCAGAGACUUCUUCAACACUGAUCCAAUGAUACCAAUGUUUUUCAAUAGAUUCACCAUUGAUCUUCCCACAAAUCCUUGACACCCGACCUCCAUAGGGUAAGUUGCAAUCCUUGAUCCAUUUUCCCUGCACACAGCGGAUAGAUCAGCAUAUUUUAGUUUCUUCCUCUUGUAGGCUGCCUCCAGCCCCUGUUCUCGUGGAACAGUAAGCUAUGACUUUUCUAGCUGAUGUCGACCAUAACACCAAGUCUGGCCUCAAGGAGGUAAUGGCUACCUCAGAAGGAAAUUUCAUCUGCUGGCCAAGGUUGACCACCAUUGAUCAAUCACUUCCAGGCACCAGGAUUGAUCUUGCUUCCCUCUGCGCAUUGCCUUGUGUGUCGCCUCCCUUUUUAACAAACUCAGUCAACUUCCUCUGAGAAGCAUGAUGGCCUUUAUUUGCUUUUACACACCUUUAGGAUCUCCGCUAGCUUUCACAAGACCUGAUCCUGUCACAAACCUGUCUUGCACCCAGCCAAAAUUUGCUGCGGAUUUGCUCUUGGGGUCUUACAGAGAGGACAUCUCUCCUCUUUGCCAUACCACAAAGGCACAUUUCCAGGGCUUGGAAGAGUAUGUACCUUCUUAUUAGAAAACUUAGCCUGGCCUGGGAUACCUUCAACAAGUCUGCCUAUCCUUAAACUCUAUCUGAUGUACCCUGCCAUACUGUCCAGCACCCUUGCUGCGGCUGGCUGACUGCUUGAAUCAUAUACCUUUGCUCUUCCAUCCUAGAUACUUCUGUCACUACCAUCGCUUUCCUCUGUUUUCUAGAGGCUGCUGACCACAAUUUGGGUGCCAUACCCCAUCCAAUGCCUGCUCUUCCUGAUUGGGUUCUUCAAACAAUCUUUUGUUGCUUGAGUCUUGAAACUGUCUUGUUUACAACCUGCUCGAACCUGGGCUUCUGUUGAUUCCCUUAGUUCUAAGAACAGCCUGGUCUUCUCCUGCUUGUAGCCCAGAGUGAUGGACUUUAGUGGCAGUUGUAAGGCAUUUCUUUCAAACAAUGCUACAUCUGAAAGAUGAUGUGGCAAGCCCAGCCACUUCUUGAUGUAACUGUUGGCCUUUGUGUCCAUCCUUGCUACAGUGAUCUCCCACAUUUUAAGUGGCCACAUCAGGCGAUUAUACAGUGUACAUUGGUAACACUAGACUAUACAGGUGCAUCUCAAUAAAUUAGAAUGUCAUGGAAAAGUUCAUUUAUUUCAGUAAUUCAACUCAAAUUGUGAAACUCGUGUAUUAAAUAAAUUCAAUGCACACAGACUGAAGUAGUUUAAGUCUUUGGUUCUUUUAAUUGUGAUGAUUUUGGCUCACAUUUAACAAAAACCCACCAAUUCACUAUCUCAAAAAAUUAGAAUACAUCAUAAGACCAAUAAAAAAAAAAACAUUUUUAGUGAAUUGUUGGCCUUCUGGAAAGUAUGUUCAUUUACUGUAUAUGUACUCAAUACUUGGUAUGGGCUCCUUUUGCUUUAAUUACUGCCUCAAUUCGGCGUGGCAUGGAGGUGAUCAGUUUGUGGCACUGCUGAGGUGGUAUGGAAGCCCAGGUUUCUUUGACAGUGGCCUUCAGCUCAUCAGCAUUUUUUGGUCUCUUGUUUCUCAUUUUCCUCUUGACAAUACCCCAUAGAUUCUCUAUGGGGUUCAGGUCUGGUGAGUUUGCUGGCCAGUCAAGCACACCAACACCAUGGUCAUUUAACCAACUUUUGGUGCUUUUGGCAGUGUGGGCAGCUGCCAAAUCCUGCUGGAAAAUGAAAUCAGCAUCUUUAAAAAGCUGGUCAGCAGAAGGAAGCAUGAAGUGCUCCAAAAUUUCUUGGUAAACGGGAGCAGUGACUUUGGUUUUCAAAAAACACAAUGGACCAACACCAGCAGAUGACAUUGCACCCCAAAUCAUCACAGACUGUGGAAACUUAACACUGGACUUCAAGCAACUUGGGCUAUGAGCUUCUCCACCCUUCCUCCAGACUCUAGGACCUUGGUUUCCAAAUGAAAUACAAAACUUGCUCUCAUCUGAAAAGAGGACUUUGGACCACUGGGCAACAGUCCAGUUCUUCUUCUCCUUAGCCCAGGUAAGACGCCUCUGACGUUGUCUGUGGUUCAGGAGUGGCUUAAAAAGAGGAAUACGACAACUGUAGCCAAAAUCCUUGACAUGUCUGUGUGUGGUGGCUCUUGAUGCCUUGACCCAGCCUCAGUCCAUUCCUUGUGAAGUUCACCCAAAUUCUUGAAUUGAUUUUGCUUGACAAUCAUAAGGCUGCGGUUCUCUCGGUUGGUUGUGCAUCUUUUUCUUCCACACUUUUUCCUUCCACUCAACUUUCUGUUAACAUGCUUGGAUACAGCACUCUGUGAACAGCCAGCUUCUUUGGCAAUGAAUGUUUGUGGCUUACCCUCCUUGUGAAGGGUGUCAAUGAUUGUCUUCUGGGCAACUGUCAGAUCAGCAGUCUUCCCCAUGAUUGUGUAGCCUAGUGAACCAAACUGAGAGACCAUUUUGAAGGCUCAGGAAACCUUUGCAGGUGUUUUGAGUUGAUUAGCUGAUUGGCAUGUCAAAAUAUUCUAAUUUUUUGAGAUAGUGAAUUGGUGGGUUUUUGUUAAAUGUGAGCCAAAAUCAUCACAAUUAAAAGAACCAAAGACUUAAACUACUUCAGUCUGUGUGCACUGAAUUUAUUUAAUACACGAGUUUCACAAUUUGAGUUGAAUUACUGAAAUAAAUGAACUUUUCCACGACAUUCUAAUUUAUUGAGAUGCACCUGUAGCUGUGUCCCAAAUGACACUAUAUACUAUGCACUUACAAAGUAUACUAUGCACUCAGCCAUGUAGUGUAUAGCACAUCUUAAACAGCAUAAGAGAAAUUAUGACUGGACUCUAGGUUAGCCAUAUGGCACAUUGGAUUCUACUCCGUACUACUUAGUGCACUUAAAUCUGUACUUUUGUAAAGUAGAAUUGAGUGGAGAAGACUGACAAGCUUCUGACAAGUUCACCAAGCCUAAACAAGCUUCUAGAUACAUUUACCUUAGCUUUGUACAAACCUGAGUUGUCUAAAUGUAUUUAUCACUGUAUAUAUGCCACAGAAUACGAUUAACAAAAACCACGGAGGAGUUGCUAAAAUGUUGUGGAAUGACAGUAAGUGUUUUUUCCACAUGAUUUUUCUUCAUAAUUCAGAAAAUAUAUAUUUUUAGGGGCGUCUCUAGACCUGGGCUGAGGGGGCUGUAGCCUGGAUCUUUUCUGGAUACCCCGAAUGUUUCAGAGGCACAGGAGUGAAAGUAAACUAAUGAUUAAAAAGGCUUUACUGUAGUUGUGAUUAUUUAUAGCAGUAUCUCCCAAACCAGGUGCUGGGUACUUUUGGUUCUUUCUACAGGACUGAUGGAACCAAGUACCGACUCAAUUCAGUACUCGCUUGCUCUUUGAAUUCCUGUCCCAGGUGUGGACCAGAACCAGAGCACACAUACAUAGAUUUUGCACAAUAGGGUGGUCAACGCACAUUUUUUAAUUGUAAUUUUCUCCCCUUAUCUCCCCAAUUUGGAAUUCCCAAUGCGCUCUAAGUCCUUGUGGUGGCGUGGUGACUCGCCUCAAUCCGGGUGGCGGAGGACGAAUCUCAGUUGCCUCCGAGUCUGAGACCGUCAACCUGCGCAUCUUAUCACAUGGCUUGUUGAGUGCAUUACCGCGGAGACGUAGCACAUGUGGAGGUCCAUGCUGUUCUCCGCGGCAUCCACGCACAACUUACCACACACCCCACCAAGAGCGAGAACCACACAUUAUAGCGACCACGAGGAGGUUACCCCAUAUGACUCUACCCUCCCUAGCAACCGGGCCAAUUUGGUUGCUUAGGAGACCUGGCUGGAGUCACUCAGCACGCCCUGGAUUUGAACUCACGACUUUAGGGGUGGUAGUCAGCGUCAAUACUUGCUGAGCUACCCAGACCCCCCAAUGCACAUUUUUUGGAGAGAUUGAAUAAGUGAUGGAAAAAGAAGUCAAAUUGUGCUGAAAUGUAUCAUGGGACUAGUUUGUGUUUUUAUAUUUUUUUGAGAUUUUUGCAUUCGUAUUUUUCAGUUAUUCUGUUUUAAUGUUCAAUAAAACACAUGAAUUAUGGUUUGGUUUAUUUGGGCACUUUGAUAAAAAAACAAAACAAAACAAAAAAAACUUGGGAACCAUGGUUUCAUAUGCUAGAAAUAUUAAUUGCUUUGUCCUUUCAACAAAAAACAACAAAACAAAACAAAUUCUGGUAUAGCUGGCAUGUUGUAGAACAACACCAAAGUAAAUUUUUUGACCAUCCAUACUUGCUGUCUAAAACAAACUGAAAAAUAACUAUUUUUAAAAAAUAUGUAUUUUUAGUGCUAAUGUUUUGUAUAGUCAGGAUUGUUGUAGCAUAAGGGUCUCUGAGUGCGAUCCAAAUCUAUUUUCUUACAUUUUGAAAGGUUUUCUUAAAACUGAUACCAUGCAAUUAAUAUGCUUUGCUAUUUAUUUUUUAUUCUUUUAAGUUAUAAGCUCUUUUGUGUAUGCAAUUUUAGCAGAAAACUGUCAAAAUGCCUUCAGGGUGUAAGGGGUUAAGUAAUGAGCAAAGCACCAUAUUUGCUGUGAUAAAUGUAUAUACUGUAUAGAUAUACGUUUGUGCAUUGUAUGUUGUAAAUAAGAUGUUUUGGAGAAAGAAUCUCAAACAGAUGUACAUACUGUGACUGUCCAUGAGUAAAACAUUUAGAAGGGACAAUGUUGAAGAUGUAUACACUGAAAUUAUGUCAAGAUCAAAUGUAAAGGGUUUAUUAUUAUGAUUAUAAAUUCUUUGUGUGGUGUGUCGUGGUUUAACCUCAAAGGUCAGUAAGUUACGUAAUUUUUAUGGUGCUUUUUGUCGUUGGAGCUUGACAGGCUAAUUUGAACUAAUUUUAUGGAAAUGUGUGGCAAGAAGAAAUUUUGUCUUUUUGCAUUCAACAGAAGAAAGUCAUGCAGUUUUGGAACAACAUGAGGGUGAUUAAAUGAUGACAUAAUUUUCAUUUUGGAGUUAAUUAUUCUUUUAAACGUUUUUGU